UGUGGCUCGAUUACUAAUUGUUUAAUUAAUUGUAUUGACAAUUUUGGUGCAAUUAAUCACCCUAAAUAGAAACUACCGACAGUGGAACCAAUUUCUAGUGUUUCCUCGGUUUCUUUCAUUUUUCUAUUCGGUUGUUUUAGUCGACCAACUCUUUACUCUUUUCAAUUGCAACCCAAACAAGAACCGGUGGUGGUUGAAAUAGAUUGAAUCAACUAAUUCUCAACAAUGAAGAAUCGAUUCACCACCCUGGAUAUUGUUUCAAUAAUUCCUGAAUUACAUCGUAUGUUAAAGGGUUAUCGAGUUCACCAGGUAUACGAUGUGGACGCUAAAACAUAUCUAAUUAAGUUAAAAGACAAUCCAAAUGAAGAAACUCCUGAGAUAAACAAACUGGUUCUCCUCAUUGAAUCUGGUAUCAGGUUACAUGUAAGUGAAUAUAAUUGGCCUAAGCACUCUGGUGUUUCUGGAUUUACUCUUAAAUUACGUAAACACCUAAGAAAUAAAAGAAUCGAAUAUAUAAAACAAGUUGGUAUCGAUCGAGUUGUGGACAUACAAUUUGGUAUAAAUGAGGCAGCUUAUCACAUAAUCAUUGAGCUUUACGACAAAGGAAAUGUAAUCAUAACUGAUCAUCAAUAUGUCAUCUUGAAUCUGCUCCGUUCAAGGAAACCAGGAGAAAAUGAUGAUGUAAAAGUCAUGGUUAGAGAGGUUUAUCCUCUUCAAACAGCAAUUGUCGAUUACAAGCUUCCAAAUAAAAGUGAGAUUAUAUCAUUAGUACAAUCAGCUAAUCCUGGGGAUACUUUAAGAAAGAUAUUCAAUCCUAGAUUAAUCUUUGGUACAGCUUUAUUGGAACACUGUUUCAUGGAGGUUGGUUUCCCAGAGAAUUGGAAAUUAGAUUCAACCAAAAACGCUGAUUAUGAUAAAAUUGAAGAAGCUCUUAGAAUGGCGUCCAAUCUGCUUGAUUUGAUUGUCGACAAUUCUAAUGGAAUCAUAAUCCAUAAGGAAGAGAUUAGUCAAGCAAACGAUGGAACCAAAUUAACUCCUGUUGAGCCUAAAACUGUGAUAACCUAUACAGAAUUUCAUCCAAUGUUGUUUAAUCAACAUAAAGGAUCAACCAAAUUAAAAUACAUCGAAUUUGAGUCUUUUGGUAAAGCGGUGGACAUUUAUUUUUCCUCGAUCGAAGGACAAAAGAUUGACCAAAGGGCCUUACAACAAGAAAAAGAAGCUUUGAAAAAAUUGGAAAAUGUAAAAAAAGAUCACGAAAAAAGGUUACUCGAAUUGGCGUCUCUCCAAGAAGCAGAUAAAAGGAAGGCAUCGUUAAUUGAGAUGAACAAAGAUUUGGUUGAGAAAGCGCUUCUCAUCAUGAGAUCUGCAAUUGCUAAUCAAAUCAGCUGGGAAGAGAUCAAGGCACUGAUUAAAGAGGCCCAAUUACGAGAUGAUUUAGUUGCCUGUUCCAUCAAAGGCCUUAAACUAGAAAAAAAUCAAUUCACAAUGUUACUGGUUGAUCCAUUUGAUGAAGAUGAAUCAACUCGUUUACAAGAUUUGGUUGAUAUCGAUUUAGAUUUGUCCGCUUUUGCCAAUGCCCGUCGUUAUUAUGACCAGAAAAGAUAUGCUGCCAAAAAGACUCAGAAAACCUUGGAAUCUUCAUCGAAAGCGUUGAAAAGUGCUGAACAUCGGACUCAACAGGCACUUAAAGAGGUUGCAAUUAAAACGUCAAUCACCAAGGCUCGUAAAGUGUUGUGGUUUGAGAAAUUUUUCUGGUUCAUAUCAUCUGAAAAUUAUCUUGUCAUUGGUGGACGUGAUGCUCAGCAAAAUGAGCUGAUUGUGAAAAAAUAUCUCACUCAAGGUGAUAUCUAUGUUCAUGCUGAUCUUCAUGGUGCUUCAUCGAUUGUUAUUAAAAAUUAUAUUCCAGGUGAACCGAUUCCACCCAAAACUUUGACCGAAGCAGGAAUCAUGGCUGUUUGUUAUUCUAAUGCUUGGGAAAAUAAAUUCUCAUCCAGAUCUUGGUGGGUUCAUUCCCACCAGGUCUCUAAAACAGCUCCGUCCGGAGAGUAUUUAACUGUUGGUGCUUUCAUGAUUCGAGGGAAGAAAAAUUAUCUCCCAAUGGCUCAAUUGGUUAUGGGAUUUGGAUUCGUAUUUAGAUUAGAUGAAGAAUCCAUUGAAAGACAUAAACUAAUGGAUCGACGGACAACAACGGAUUAUGGUGACGUCGUUGAAAUCAACAGCAAAAUAAGAGAUUCCAUUAAUGAAGAUAACAGUGAGGAGGAUGUUGAUAAUGAUGAUCGUGACGAGGACAAUACUUUUCCUGAUAUUAAAAUAAAAAAUAUAACUCAGACAAUUGGUAAAUCAGAUUAUAAUGAUUAUGAUGAUGAUGGUGAAAGGGACCACAACAAAAUGAAUAAUAAUAAAGAGGAGGAUCAAGAGGAGGGAGACGAUGAACAAGUUGCAAUAACUGGCUCUCAGGUACCGAGGAUGAAAUUUCAAGUAAAUUUGAAAAAGAAACGUAAUGAAGGUAAAAAGGUGUCAACAAAACAAACAGCUACCCAACAACAACAACAACAACAACAACAAGACUCAACAUCAAAGCAACAAUCAAAUCAACAACAAGUGAAAGAUAAAAACAACAAGAAUCAACCAUUGAAGAGAGGUCAACGUUAUAAAUUGAAAAAGAUGAAAGAAAAGUAUAAAGAUCAAGAUGAAGAGGACAGAAUUUUCAAAUUAGCUUGGAUCGGAUCUACUCAGAUUAAUAGAAAAAUGGAAGACCCUGGACAAUUGGAGGAUAGUGAUGGUGUUAAUAAAGAUCAUCAUCAACCUAAUAACGAUAAUGAUGAUGAACAAUCUUCUUUUGUAAUCAUAGGGAGAACAGGAGAAAACAAUAAUAAUGAGGUUGAGGGUGGUGGUGGUUUAGAGAGAGAGAAACAACAAGAAGAAAGAGAAAAAGAAACAAGCCAAGAGAGAGGAAAGGAGGAGAUAACUACUAUUUCUACCACCAACACCACUACUACAACUAUUGCUGAUGAUAAUGAUGAUGAUGAAGAAGAAGAAGGUGAAGAAGAUGAUGAACAAAAACAGCACCAAGAAGAAGAAGAAGAAGAUGAAGACGAUGAAGAAGAAGGUUCAAGUAAUAAAAUGAUUGAACAUGUUAAUUUAAUGAAUUCGUUAACUGGUCAACCGAUGGCUGAUGAUGUACUUCUCUAUACCAUACCUGUUGUGGCUCCUUAUUCUGCAUUGUCUUCCUACAAAUUCAAGGUAAAAGUGUUUCCAGGAACAAGUAAACGUGGAAAAUCAGCAAAAACAGCCUUAUCUUGGUUCCAAGCGGAUAAAAUGAUCACUCAGAGAGAGAAAGAUUUACUCAAAAACGCUAAAGACCAAGACAUAUCUCGAAAUUUACCCAACAAGGUGAAAAUAUUACCUGUCAAAUUGAAUACAACAGUAAGAAGAAAAGGAAAAUGACAGAUACAUCAAAACCAAUCAAAGAUGGAGGAGAAAACAAAAUUGAAGGUGUUAACAAUUAACACAAAACACACAGCAAUUAAUCAACACCAUCAAACUCAGAUUAAUAACCAUCAUCAUGAUGAUGAUCGUCACCUUGUUAUACAUUUUUAAUAUCUGUUUCUAAGGCAGUAGCAACAAUUAACUUCGAGACUGUUAUUUAUAUAUAAACAUUACGCUAUUAACUAAUAAUAGCCUGAGAACAAUCAACAAAAUGGUGGACAACAACAAUAAUUAGUAAAUUGUGUGUACAUGUAUAUACAAAAAUUCUGUGUGUAAAUCAUCAGGAUUCAAAAUUGAAAAGAUCUACAUUUACAUAUUGACACAAAGGGAAAAAAAGGAAAAGCGAAAAAAAAAUUCUACUCCAAAAAAGAGAAGUGUUAUUUUUAAUGUUUCUUUUUCUUAAUUGUUCAUUGAUUGAUUCCAAUUGAUUACAUUUAUUUAAAAUCUUUCAAUUUGUUAUGAGGCGAAGAAGCAAAAUUAUUCCAAUACAACCGAUUAAUUAAAUCACUUUUAUUGUAAUUUAUUGAAUGUGACAGAAAGAAAAUCCAUCAAAUUGGAUUAUAUGUUUUUCUGUUGUUGUUUAUACGCUGAUUUCUGGUCCACAACAACAACAGGAAGCCAACAAUCAACUAACCAUCUAAAUGAAGGUUAAGACAGUUAAAGCUUAGGGAUAAUUGUGAUCACGAGAGUGAACACAAUUUAUGAUUCAUUUUAAUCACAAUUAUUUGUUAAUUGUUUAAUUUUUUUCUCUCUCCUGUAUAAAUAAAAUGUAAACAUUAAAAAUGAA